AUGGCCAGUAUAGAUGCGCCAGUUUCCUGUGUCCAGACGAGUGACUCUGACACAGAUGAUGAUGAUGAUCCAGUCGAAUCGUCAGAACUGCUGCAUGAUUCGACUACGUCAGCUUUUGUGGAUGAAAAACUUAUGGUGCAAGCCACCGGGGCCUAUACCUCAUCUGAAACUGAAAGUAUCCCAGACGGUGAUGUGAAACGUACCACAGAUUCCGACCAAGAGGAUUUUGGUUGUCUCACAACCAUUCCGGAAUGGCGGCAAAAGGAUACACAUGUUUUCGUUUUAAGUGAAGCGGGAAAGCCGAUCUACUCCAGAUACGGAGACGAAAGCCGUCUAUCGUCUAUUAUUGGGGUUAUGCAGGCUUUGGUAUCAUUUGUGGCCACUUCGGGCGAUGAACUGCAGUCAAUAUCCGCCGGUGAACGCCAUUUCGUGUUUUUAAGAAAACCCCAUCUAAUUCUGGUAGCUUUUGGUCGGUUUCGUGAUUCCAAAGAACAUCUUGGUAUGAUGUUGGAUUAUGUAUAUAGUCAGAUCCUCAGCCUACUGACUCUUCAGCGACUUGAAAUGCGAUUUGAACGUCAACGCAAUCUGGAUUUGCGCCGACUGUUAGUGGGUGACACGCGACUGAUUUCUUCAAUCAUCGAUUUUGUCGAGGAUUCGUUCGAUGCAUUUCUGCAGGCGGUCACUUGCGUACCAUUAGCCACCAAUGUUCGAGAUGCCAUUUCACAGAUGAUCAUUCAUUCGGUCAAAAACCGGGAUGUGGUUUUUGCCGUACUAUUGCACCGCAAUCGAGUUGUGAGUUUCGUACGAAUGAAGGGUCAAAUGCUCCAUCCCAUGGAUCUGCAUCUGAUCGUGAACUUGGUCAGCAGUACUCAAGCGUUUAAAGACGCUCAGACCCAUUGGAUUCCCAUAUGCUUGCCCAAAUUUGAUGCCAACGGUUUUCUGUACGCAAAUAUUGCCUACCUGGAUGACAACAUCUCUUUGGCACUGUUAUCGGUCGACAACACACAAUUUUAUGCGCUUCAGGAAGCAAAGGAUGCGAUAUUUGAACGUCUCCGUUCGACUAAUGAUGGAGAGUAUUUAUCCGUGAUAGCUAAUGCUCAAUCCCCAUCGGUUCGGGAGACUGGCAUUCUCGAACUGCGGCACUUGGUCUAUCGAUACAGCCCCGUCGGGCAAUUUGCAGCCACCCGAUGGACAGCUCCGUACGUGGACUUAGACCAAUCUGAGGAUGUUACCUCUACCGGAUCCAUCGAUGUGCAAACAAUGCGAGCCAACAUACUGGCCACUUAUCGGCGUAUGCACGCCCGAUUACAUUGUCAGCAUCGUCCUGUCCGAUUGGUUUACCAGUCUACAACUGAAGAGGUGUUCUUCGCAUGGAAAACCGAUACAUUCGAAUUGUAUGGGACCUUUGAACCGUUGACCACAAAAGGUGCUUUGCAAGAAAUUCGGAAAACACUCCUGAAAUGGCUCACCGCGCGAAAGUCUCAGCUGUUUAUGCUGUCCUCACCGACUUUCUGA